AUGCUGCAAAAAAAGGACACAACCAACAUAACAAUACAAGAAGAUUCUUCAGCAGACGGUCUCUAUCUUGACUCAAAACUUCCUCAGUCCCAACAAACAGAGUUAAAAGGUUUUGCCAAGUUUAAAGAUGGGUUCAAGCGUGCAAAUGUCGAUGAUUACGGAAUUGACCCAAGUGAAUUGGCAGUUACCUUUCCUGUCUCUGGAGCUUUCGUUACCUAUAAUUCGAGAUUCAUUGAUCCAUCUUGGGGUUUUGCCAUGGCUUGGAAUUAUGCCUUACAGUGGUUGAUAAUGUUACCUUUAGAAUUGGUUGCCGCAUCUUUGACAGUUAAAUACUGGGACCCUCAUACCAGUUCCGCUGCAUAUGUGGCAUGUUUCUAUACUUUAAUCGUUAUUAUCAACUUCUUUGGUGUGAGAGGAUAUGGUGAAGCUGAGUUUAUUUUCUCCUUCAUCAAAGUUUUAGCUGUCUGUGGUUUUAUAAUUUUAGGCAUAAUCUUAAUCGCAGGGGGAGGACCACAAGGGGGUUACUUAGGUGGACAUUACUGGCACAUCGAUGGGGCACCUUUUCCAAAUGGAGCCAAAGGUGUGGUUACUGUGUUUGUCGGGGCUGCUUUCGCCUUUACAGGAACUGAGUUAUGUGGAUUAGCGUCCGCCGAAUCAGCAAAUCCUAGAAAAUCCAUACCUAAAGCUUGUAAGCAAGUCUUCUGGAGAAUCACUUUGUUUUAUGUUAUCUGUUUAACUUUGGUAGGAAUGUUGGUUCCCUACAGCAGUCCAAGGCUCCUUGGUGCUUCCUCAGUGGAUGCCACUGCAUCGCCAUUCGUCAUUGCAAUCCAAAAUGGUGGUAUCAAAGGUUUGCCUUCGGUUAUGAAUGUUGUUAUAAUGAUCGCUGUCUUAUCUGUUGCAAAUUCCUCAGUCUAUGCUUCUUCUCGUACCUUGGCAGCAUUGGCGGCAUCUAAGCAAGCUCCUCAAAUUUUAGGCUACAUUGAUAAAAAGGGUCGUCCAUUGGUGGGUAUCAUUGUACAAUUACUUGUCGGUUUAUUAUGUUUCUUGGCGGCCUCUCCAAAGGAAGGUGAAGUUUUCAGUUGGUUAUUGGCUUUGUCCGGAUUAUCUUCCAUUUUCACGUGGGCGUCUAUUAACAUUUGUUUGAUCCGGUUUAGACGUGCAUUAAAGGUUCAAGGACGUGACACUUCUGAAUUAACGUUUACUUCACAACCAGGUAUUAUUGGCGCCUAUUGGGGAGUUAUUUUGAAUGUUGUUAUUUUGGGCUUACAAUUCUGGAUCGCUAUUUUCCCUUUGAAGGGUAAUCCAAGUGCGGAAGUCUUCUUCAACAACUUCCUUACUGUUCCUGUGGUUUUUAUCUUCUAUGCCGGUCAUAAGAUUUAUUCUCGUAAUUGGAAGUUAUAUAUUAGUUCUAAAGAAAUUGAUAUUGACACUGGAAGAAGAGAGACAGAUUUGGAUUUGCUUAAACAAGAAAUCCUUGAAGAAAAGGAACAUUUGAGUUCGUUACCAUUCUACAAGAGAGUUUACCAUUUCUGGUGCUAA